UACGCGCCGGUUCGUGUGAUCAAUCGUGAAACAGGUGGCUAUCCCGUGAGAGGGGACAUAGCCCUGAGCCCAGGCGUGGCUCAGCCGUCUCAUAAGGCGUAGAGUUAUCGUGAAAGUUGAAACAAGUUCAGUGCAUGUAAUAACCGACCUCGUGAUCUCGUGUGAAAUUCGUUGUUUUUCUUCGCGAAGGAUACUCCACUAAAGGACGCAACAACGGACAGGAUCGUGACCGCAGUGAAGACGAAUUUGUGUAAGCGACCGGGCAGGCACACGGCAAAACCAUGAUACGUAAGCUGCUUCUCUUGUUGGCCUUGGUCGCGUGGUGUCAAGCGGACAUCCCGGUAUUCGAAAUUGGAUCGUUUUCCGGUGGCGAACCGAAGGCAAGGGUAGCGUCUACCGAGCAGCGGGAAGAAUUCGCGGGCUACACCGCUGAGAAACCGACCGAGCCGCUUCCGGAAUCGUCCAACAAAUGUGAAGGUGGGCCCGACAAGUGUGGUUACGUGUACGAGAAACCCUCCUGCCAGUGGCAGGAUGGUCUGGCAACCACGGAAACAACGACGCUAGUUCGUACGGAGACGACGGUGCAAACGGAACGAGUAACCGUCACGGAAACCGUCCCGACCACGCUCACCACAACGCUGACCACUGCCACACCGUUCUGUGGAGCUACCAACGCCUAUCUGCCUCCGGAUACGACCACAACGCUGCCACCGGCCACCAGCACGGUAACGAUUAGGCCGCCGCCGCUGACCACCACCAAAUCGCUGCCCCCGACCACAACCACCAUCACUUCGCGAGGACCUCCGAUCACGACCGAACGUGUCGUUACGCCAACCACGACGAUCGUCAUCAGCAAGACUCCGUUCGUAACGACUACCCGUACCGUAACACCAACUUCCACCCACAUGUUCUACGCAGACUCGGUCACCGUAAACCGCACCGUCACCCCAACGUCCACCAAUGUGUUUUACGAUGCCUCGGUCACUGUUAAUCGCACCGUAACGCCGACCAGCACCAAUGUGUUCUACGUAGACUCUGUCACCGUGAAUCGCACGGUCACACCGACGUCAACCAAUGUGUUUUACGUGGCCUCGGUCACUGUCAAUCGCACCGUAACGCCAACCUCCACCAAUGUGUUCUACGUAGACUCUGUCACCGUUAACCGCACGGUCACACCGACAUCCACCAAUGUAUUUUAUGUUCCUUCAACCACCGUCAAUCGCACCGUAACGCCAACCUCCACCAACGUUUUCUAUGUGGCCACCAGCACAGUAAAUCGUACCGUAACGCCCACCUCAACCCGGCUGUUCUAUCUGGACUCGGUCACCGUCGAUCGGACGGUGAUACCAACGUCAACCCUAGUGAUAACGCUCGAUCAAACACGCACACAGACCCGCACGGUUACCCCCACGUACGUUGUGCAGCAGACGGCGGACACGGCCACAGUAACGCGGACCCUUACUCCGUCGUUUGUCGUAACGGAGAGCGUACCGACCGUAACGGUAACGCGCACGUUCACUCCAUCCAGUCUCAUCACAACAACGGCUCCCAAUACGAACACAGUCACGCGCACGGUCACACCUCAGGCCACCAGCACCACAACGAUCGCGGCCCCGGUGCGAACGAUCACCCAAACCGCCUCCACAACGAUCACCGUUACGCCGCAGCUAUCCGUAACGCCGCCGGCCGUUACGAAGACCGUUUGCACACCGGACAAUGCGUAUCUUCCGGCGGCGGGUGAAAAGACCGUCACUCGCACGGAAACCCGCACGGAAGUGUCCACCGUGAUCGCCUGCACACCGACCAAUGCGUACCUGCCGGCCCGCGAAACCGUAGCCGCCAACCAGCCGGCCCCAGCGUUCGCCCGUGUGCCUUCGUUGCACCGUGAAGUUUUGCCACCGCCGGAAGACGACCGGAACAACCUGAUCUGGAACCCCUAGGGAGGAGGUGGAAGCAACGCGUUCCACGCAAUUUAUCGCACUGCCUGCAUCGCUAACCAGAGAAUGAAGGCGAAGAGUAAACCGGAAACUGCAGAAACACAAAUACUCAUAUCUUCGUCGCGAACGCUGUGUUGUUAAGAUUAUUUUGGCAACCGCAAUCAUGAGAUUAGUCGUACGCGAUGUCGUGUAGGCACUUAAAAUGUACAUAGCCGAACCGUGUAGCUAAAGGUAACGAAAGUCGAACGAAAAAACGAUGCGCACACACAAAUCGAAACUCUGGAUCGGCGCCGUCCAUCUGCAUGCAUUCCCUGGUAUACCAUUCCAUUCCACAACAGCGAGUACCGAUAGCGGUAAGCGGAUUGUGAUUGAUUUUCGUAUGUGAUUUUAUAUUUGUGCGUAUUCGUGCGUCUGUGUGUGUGUUUGUUUAUGUCUAUGUGUGGUGUUCAUUAUGAUUUCACGAAUAAAGCUACCUUUCGUCGUGUUUCUAUGGAAACAAUGACAGAACAACCUGA